CCCUCUAUCUGAGCCUCCCUCUCCCCCCUCUCAUCCCCUUUGCCUCUACUCUAUCCUAAGCUGACAUUUCUAUUUAAUGUCCGGCCCCCAUUAGCACGUCUGAUUGAAGAACAUUCACACACACACACACACUCCCACCCACACAACACACACAACUACACACACCCUAAGACCAGGUGAAAUAAAAUAGAAAAAAAAUCCAUCUCCUUGCAUUGAUCGCAUUGGAUUUAUUUCUGCAGAUUUAUUUUUGGGGGGAGAAUGUUUACUCAAGCGUGAAAUUAUUUCAAGUGACUGGUGCAUUAGAUUCGAACACAUUUCACUUGCGCAUAGGACAUUCCCAAUCAGUUUCAUUGAUGAUCUUGUUCUUAGUGUACAAAGGCUUUCACUUUAAUAAGUGAAACAAAUAUUUCUAGAUAAACUCAGUUUGAGUAAUGGACAAUGUUCUGUUGAUUACUACCAGACAUGUCCUUGUGAAUGAUGAGCGUUGAGCUUGACGGAGAUUCGCUGUCAGCGCCCCUUAGAAACUUGAUCGUAUAAGAUGAAGGAUCUCAUUGCCGACACAAACUUUACUCUGGUAAAGCAACGGAAGAUGCUUAUUUCCUGAAUCAGAAACAGUAAAGCUGCAGAUUGACACCGAUACAAUCUAUCAGAAACAGUAAAGCUGCAGAUUGACACCGAUACAAUCUAUCAGAAACAGUAAAGCUGCAGAUUGACACCGAUACAAUCUAUCAGAAACAGUAAAGCUGCAGAUUUACACCGAUACAAUCUAUAGAAAUAACAGCUACAGAACUAUACUAUGACAAAUGGCUGAGGAAUCGAAGACCACUAUAACUGAAACUUUAACGGAUUCAACUACGACCACCACUACAAUAUUAACAACUUCUUUAACAACAUUUUUUACCACAACACAUACAACAACGUACACAACCCAUUCACAGCCUCCCACCUCUACACCAAACGGAACGUCAACCAUCUCCUUCAUCACAUCGUCUUCAAACACCACCGACCAAGCAAGCAUUGCUCCAGCGUUGAGCGAAAGGGAGGUGGCCAUCAUAUGUGGCGUCGUAUUUGGUGUUCUGGGGCUGGCCAUCGCCGUUGUCGUCUUCUACAUCAUCGUCAGGAAAAGAAAGGAAAAGAAACACAGAGACAGUCAGCGCAGAUUGGGAUCCCUAAAAUCAGCAAGCGAACCUUACGAACACAUUCAGAAAGAUUCAGACAAUGAUCAUUACUAUAAAGGAACCACACCCAACACUAGAGAACCAGACGCAACGCUUUCUGUCUUAACUGAAGUCUCGAGAAAAAAUAAAGAUAGACCGUCAUCUCAAAUGUACGAGAACCAGACCUACAAUGCCCCUUCUUCAAACAAAGUAGCUUUCAAUAAUAUGGAAGCAAAUGAAGAAUACGAAUCAAUCACGCUUCCUUUAAGUACCCAACCUUUGGACAGGAGCUCAUCGAACUAUAUACUGAUGAAUGUUCAACCUCAUGGAUCGAGUAACAACUCUGAUUCGACCAAGGAAAAUCCAUUGACUCAGACUGAUUCGUAUGUUAACAUGAAAGAACUUCAGUUGGAUAAGUUCAGUAUAGAUGCAGGUCAAGACACCGGCACUUCAAACUAUGCCAACACCACACUGACAAUGCACAACGGUCAAAACGGACAAAGCCAUGGGUUGAGCUUAACCAAAUCAAAACCAUUUAAACUCAGCAAAAAGAAAAAGAAGAAGUACGCACUAAACGAAGAAUUGUCUGGCGAGAUUACGUACAAGCUGUAGCAGGUACAGUGUACACAAAUAUAGCAAAUAUUCCUUUGUUUUCUCACUCUCCUUGGAGGACUAUUAAGUCAAGGCAGUCAUUGCUAAAUAGUCUACAGCUCAGCCAGAGGACGCCAAAUGUUGGUUAGUACGUCUAAUAGGAUUACAGUGUGUGCUGGAAUUUUCUGAAACAGGUUUGACUAAGGAGAUAUAUAGCAGGAGCUCUUCUAAGAGUAGGUAUAUUAAUGAUAGCCUUUAAAUGGGUGCAAGUGCAAGUUUAUCUUUGGAUCAAGGAGAUGACAUUUAUGUAUUCAAUUAAAACGUCUUUAAACUGAUAAAAAAGACUGAGCACUUUGACCAUUGAAAGUAAAAUCGGCAUCAAGGCGAAGAUCGAACUUCACUUCGUGUUCACAUAGACUGCAAAUCUUGAACCAGGAAGUAGAAGAAGUAUGUUAUUAAAACUGAUUGUUAAUUUAAAAAAAACAACAACAUUAGAUAAUAUUACUACUUACGCGGAUUGUUAUUUUGAGCUUUAUUUAAUUUUUGAUUUGAAUGAAAUAGUAUAAUUAAAAAAGGGUAGUUAUGACGACUUCUAUUUACAAUAUUGAAAUUCAAAUGAAUUUAUUAUAGAUUUAUUAUAGAUUUGAAUGAGAUAAACCAGAAAUAGUAUCAGCGUUAAAGAUUACGUUUUUCUUAGAUACAGAAAAGAUAACAAGAGUAAAAAAAAAGUUUAAUAUUUUAAAAAAUAUAUAAAAAAUUUAACUAAAUAAACCUGGAUACAUAUAUCUUAUCUUAUCUUAUAUAAUACAGACGUUACUUCAAAAAAGAAGAUGAUUACAUCCUACGCGUCAUGCAUUUAGUCAUGUAUAUUAACCAAUGACUUAAAUUCUGCCAAGUCACUGGUUUUCCUGGCUAUAUAUAUAUAUAUAUAUAUAUAUAGCAGUAUAGGCGCUUGGCUUCUAUACCGGAGUUCCCGGGUUCGAAUCCUGGUGAAGGCUGGGAUUUUUAAUUUCGGGAUCUUUGGGCGCCUCUUAGUACCUGACAUUAGUUGGCGGUUGGUCGUUGUGCUGGUCACAUGUAACCCUCGUUAACCGUAUAUAACAUUUUGCCUUAACAUGUAAACUCAAUGAGAAAUGAACGAAUCUUUUUGAACUAUUUUAAUCGAAAUUACAAUUGAAGUUAAUGUUUUAACUUGAGAUAUUUAGAUUAAUUUGAUUCUAUUCUGUUUUUAUUGCAUAUAAUGUCCAUUGUAGUAUAGUUAUUAAAUGUGCAUUGUAAUGAUUAUGAGUAGGUCCGUUCGACUAGUGUUAAAAAAUGUCCGAAUGUGAUGAAAAUCAUUGUUGUUGUUUUUUGUUUUUUUUUACCAAAAAACUGUUCAAGUCAAAGGUAAUGUUUUUCGCUGAACUCAAUAAACUGCUCUGAUAUGCUAUAUAAA